UCUCUCACUCUCGGUCUCACUCUCCGCCGCAAGCUCACCGGCACCCUCUUCGGCCACCGCCACGGCCACGUCACCUUCUCCCUCCAGCUGGACCCACGUGCCCAACCCCUUUCGCUGCUCCAUCUCGACAUUUCCACCACCGCUCUCCUCAAGGAGAUGUCGUCAGGCCUCCUCCGCAUCGCCCUCGAAGCCCACAAACUCCCUGGCCGAGCCCAGCCCAGUAAGCUCCUCAAACAGCCCAAAUGGACCAUGUACUGCAACGGCAGGGAAACUGGCCUCGCCCUCUCACGCACCUGCGAGCCCUACGACCGCCACGUCUUGAACACUAUCCGGACAGUGUCAGUCGGAGCCGGAGUCAUUCCUGUCCUCCACGACGGAAGCAAAGGCGGCGCGUGCUCCGAACUCGGUGAAUUGGUGUACAUGAGAGCCGAGUUUGAACGUGUAGUUGGAAGCUCCGACUCAGAAGCUUUGUUCAUGAUUAAUCCCGAUGGAAAUUGCGGCUCUGAAUUAAGUAUUUUUUUGCUUAGAAUAUGAAAAAAGGA